AUGGCUGUGCUAUACCAUUCCUGUGAACUGAUCGAUCCAAACGAGAGACAUAAAUUUUGUCCAGAUGGUAACGACAGCUGGUGCCCUUAUAAGUGGCAGGGCACACUUGAAAGAAAAGAUCACCAUUUGGAUCCUGUGUUCUUAGAUCUGUUGCUCCCACAAUUCAAGCGCCUUAGUGAGUAUUCAUUGUUGCUUCGUUGUCUGCCAGGAUACUCUCAAAAUGUCAAUGAGAGCUUGAAUAGCCUUGUAUGGAAUAGAGCUCCAAAACAUCGAUUCAAAGGCCCCAAAUCUGUUGAGAUGGCUGCAAUGUCAGCAGUAUUGCAAUUCAAGGAAGCAGCUGGCAUUCCUGCUGGAGUAUUUACAUCUCAAGGUAGUGCCAAAAAGGACAAAACAAGGAUUUUUCAUUCUGCCAAGAAGGCGGCAACGUGUGAGAAGGUUAGAAGAAGGAAGAUCAGGCAAGCUAAAUUGGCAGCAAACAUGAGAGAUGAAGGUGAGUGCUCUUACAGCAGUGGGAAGUUUAACAAAGUUGAUCCUCUGGCUCAAGUGGGGUCAGAAAGCUCGGAUGAUGAAGACGAUUAUCCUCUUGCUCAAUUAGUACUGAACAAAGAUUCGGACACUUCUGAUGAAGAUGUACCACCAGCUCAAAUCAUCAGGAAUAGCAGCAAGAAUAGCUAA